GUCAAAUGUCAAAUUUCCGAUUCCGAUAUCCGAUCUGAAUUGUCUUGUCUGUUAUUCAGUGUGAUUUAUUAUUUAAUAUUCUUUUAUUUAAAGAAAAAGAAAAUUGAUAAUCGUAAAUUGAUAGAAGUAAAGACACAACUCAUUUUGACUGCUUGUAUAAAUUAACUAUGAUACAGUAAUCGUUUGAUAAUAACAAUUCAAUAUGUCGUCCACCGGUAGUCUGAACCAAUACAUACAACUGAUCGAGCGCAUGUAUAGAACCUCUCAGGGAAAUUUCCUGGCUCGUUUACUGUCGCUUCGUGACGAACAUGUAGGAAACAGGAACCUGCGCUCAAGUGACAUUGCCACACUCGUGGAAGGGAACUGUGUGGCUCCACUGGACGAAAUUGUAAUCAGUCAUCUUCUGUGUGUAAAGUCACUGUAUUUAAGGGAUUUCAUGGAGGCUUUCGAGCAUCAGAGUGCCUGUGUGGCCUGUGUCGUAAAACUGUUGCAAAAUCAGAAGGAAGUCAAUUGGGGCCUACCUGUAAUGUACACAGUCUGCUUGGACCUAAGACUUGUAGCACAAAAAGCUGAAGCUACUUACCUUCAAAGCAAUGGAAAGAUCCUUGAAAAGGCUGCAGAAAGCUUAUUAGCAUGCUUCAGGGUCUGUGCUGCAGACAACCGCUCAUCUGAUGCUGACACCAAGAGAUUAGGAAUGCUGACUCUGGUCAACCAACUCCUCAAAGUGUACUUCCGGAUUAAUAAGUUACAUCUUUGCAAACCAUUGAUAAGAGCAAUUGAUUCAUCACCAUUCAAAGAUCAGUUCCCAUUGGCCCAACAAAUCACCUACAGAUACUUUGUAGGUCGCAAAGCUAUGUUCGAUUCAGAUUAUAGAUCCGCUGAUGAUUAUCUGUCAUUUGCAUUCCACAAUUGUCAUAGACAAAGUAUUAAAAAUAAAAGACUCAUUCUCACCUACUUAGUACCAGUAAAAAUGCUACUAGGCUUCAUGCCAUCCAUACAGUUGCUGCAAAAAUAUGACUUAAUGCAAUUUUGGGACCUGGUAUCUGCUGUGAAGAAAGGUGAUUUGAGAGGAAUAGACCAAGUGAUGGAAGAACAUGAAAGCUUCUUUAUUAGUGCUGGUAUAUACUUAAUUGUUGAAAAAUUAAAGAUCACCGCAUAUAGAAAUUUGUUCAGAAAGGUCUAUUUAGCUGAAAAUAGUCAUCAAAUUGAAAUAGCUAGCUUUCAGGCUGCUUUACAACUGAUGGGCCAUGAUGAUGUUGAUGCUGAUGAAACUCAAUGCAUUGUUGCGAAUUUGAUUUAUGAUGGAAAAAUUAAGGGAUAUAUCUCAUAUCAACACAAGAAGGUGGUAGUAAGCAAGCAGAAUGCAUUUCCUCCUUUGUCCAGUUUAUAUUAGUUUUAUGAGGGCCCUAGUGGGGAGGAGCAAGAAGAGAAUUCAGAUUAAAUUGUUGCAUUUUUAUUAAGAUUAUUAACACUAUUCUUCUAUGGAGGGAUUUUAUACAAUAUUUCACUACUGAUUCAAUUUGGAAUGGAAAUUUAGUAUGUAAAGUUGCUCACAAUCUAUAAAGGCCCGAGUGAAUAUGUUGCUUAUGGGACGAUAUGCUCCAUCGUAUUACCCAAAUAAAAUAUAAAACAUAUAAAAUGAUUAUUCGAUUGACCUUAAAUGCAAAAAUAGUGUUGUAAUCAUUAAUGUAUUGAGGGUUGAAUUACUGCAGGGUAUUCCAAUUGUGGAAAUGGUUUGUCAGAAAAGUCUUGCUACCCUUACCAGGGUCCCAUUAGUUCUAGGUAGUCUUAGACUGACAUAUUUUUGUAACAAUUUUGUAUGCUCACAGUGAAAUGAUAAUAGUAAAAAUAGCUGCUGCAUUCCGCACAAUAGUAACUUUCAAUUCAAUAAUUGUAUUUAUUCAGAACAUAUUGGUUCAUGAUACUGUUUAGUGUACUAUAAAUGUAUUAUUUCAGAUAAUAGACUUCUGGUUUGGUAUUCAACUAGUCGUGUUUAAAACUACACUGCUUAUGAAUGUGCCAAAAAAAAAUACUACUUCUAUCUAAUCAUAUAUGAAAAUAGAAUAAUACAUACAUACAUACAUAACUUCACGCUUGUCUCCCAUAGGGGUAGGCAGACUGGAAUGCUAAUUGAUAGAAUUCUUACACACCUCUUUCGCUUCAUUAACAAAUGUAAAUUAAAUACAAUAAUAAUGUGAGAAAAUAAACCAAAGUGCUGAUCAGUUUUCAUUCUAGUAAUCAUUAUCUGACAUACAAUGUAUGUUUGACUUUUAUUUCUAUGGUGUAUAAUAUAAAGUGGAUAUUGUCUUGAAGUUAUUUAAAUAACUGCGAUAUUUUUAGCCCUAGAUGUAAAGUACUCAGUGAGAUUUACACUUUGAUACAGGAUUUUGUAGGUUGAUGUAGUUGUCAAUUAUUAUGGCGUAUUAUUGUAAAACGAAUUAUUCAAUGUAUACAUAUACCAUAGUACUUUACAUUAUCUUGUGUACCAUUUAAUAUUUAUUCUCUCAAAGGUAUUGUUAGCGGAAUGAUGAUAUUCAUACAUAAAUAUACAUUUCAGACUCCUCAAACUGGAUGUUUUUACUUU